AUGUCUUAAUAAGAAAAUACUUUAGAUUGGAAAUACAUAGUAAAAUACAUUACAGAUGAAAAUAUGUUAAAUAAAUUAAGAGAUUAUGGAUAGUUUAAGCAUAAGAUUAAUAAUGGUAGUAUAAAAUAAGAUUUAGUUUUAAAGUGGUUUAAUAAAUGAUUGAUAAUUAAGAAUUAAUAGAUUAAGAAAUCAUAAAAAUAGAAUCAAUAUAUAAAGGGGAAACAAAGAAUAAUUAAAGAUGUGGAAGAGGUAUACAGAUUUGGAAUGGCAAUAACAGAGGAAUAUAUGAAGGGUAAUCAAAUUAUUUAUGAAUAGAACUUGGUUAAAUGAUUAACAAUUUGGUUAUGGAAGAUUGAUUAAUUAAUGUGGAGAUGUAUAUAUAGGUAAUUGGAAUGAAGAUAAAAUGAAUGGAUAUGGAGAAUUAUAUUUCAAUAAUGGUCCAUUUUAUUAAGGAGAUUGGAAAGAUGAUUUAUAACAUGGUAUAGGUGUAGAAUUUUGGCCAAAUGGAUAAAUUUAUGAAGGAGAAUACAAAUUAGGAUAAAAGAGUGGAAAAGGAAAAUAUAUUAAUGAAGAUGGUUCUAUGUAUUUAAAUGAUAAUUAAAAUUAGUUAUGAAGGAGAAUUACUUUUAAAUGAAUAUGAUGGUUACGGAAAAUAUAUUUGGAGUGAUGGUAGAGUAUAUGAAGGAUAAUGGAAAAAUUCAUUGAUUCAUGGAUUUGGUACAAAUAUAUGGGCUGAUGGUAAAAAGUAUGUAGGAAAUGUAUUUUAUUAUUUUAUUUAGCACAAAAAUGGUAAAAAAUAAGGAUAUGGAACCUUUUAUUGGGCGGAUGGAAGAUCAUAUGAAGGAAAUUGGGAUAUGGGCUUAUAGCAUGGUGAAGGAAUUUAUAAAAAUUUAGAUGGAUUUAAAUAGAAAGGACUUUGGGAAAAAGGAAAACGAAUCAAAUGGUUAGAUAAUUGAAAAAUAUUAAUA